AUGUCCAGACCAAAAUCACUGGAACAGAUUUCUCAACGUACACUUGUGGUUACAAAAUUAUAUAGAGAAGAUCCCUACGAUGACCGCGAGACAAACAACAUAUACUUUCAUCGGCCUAAGCUAUGUUCAAGCGAUUCUGUUAGGAUCAUCUUCUACAGUCAGGUUGAUCAUCACAUUCAUAAAGACAUGCGACUGAGUACACCUGCAUCAAAAGCUGUCCUCUUGCUCCAUAAGGAUAUACUUUACGUGGAUGGCUUUAUGAUGCUGGCAGGGCAUUAUUCUUCAUCAUACCCAAGCUUGAGGAUGCAUGUGAACUUAAAGAUUAUAUGA